UGUGCGGCUCAAGUUCGGCCCCUCGGGCCCAUUUGCCAUCGGAGCAGACGCCGCGCUGCCUCGUCGUCUCCCUCCUCUCCUUGGACCUCGACGCCGCCCCCCGUCGCGAAAGCUAAAGAAGGUUCUCGAAGGAAGAGAGGCGAGGCGCAGCCGCCACAGCCUCGGCGUCUGGAUUCCCGGUCCUACCUCGCCGGCGGCGCGCAUGGAUCAGAGGAAGGCCCUGUUCCGCGCCAAGCUCCGCGAGGCCAAGGAGAAGCAGGAGAAGCGCAUCGACCCCUCGCUCGUCAGGUAUAAUGAAUAUGAUCAGCCCAUCUGUAGAGUCUGCAACGUUACGUUGAAAUCCGAAGCACUUUGGCCUGCGCACCAGGUUUCACGGAAACAUCAUGAGGCAAAAGCUGUCGCAGCCGCUAAAGUUACACCAGCUGCAGCUCCUCGUGGCAAUAAUGUCAGUCAUGAACGACCAGCUGAGCCUCAGAAAGCAAAAUCCUCUCCGAUGCCUGCCAAUUUUUUUGACAAUCAGGGAACGAAAAGGCAAAGUGAUGGUACUGGUUCUGAGGGAAGGCCUGUACGUCAUCAAGUGGCUAAUGCUCAACCAGCAACCAAAGAAGCAAGUGCAGAUAAACCAUCUGUCAGGAUGGACCAAGCUCCAAAUAAAGGGAGUAAAGGCAGUACCGACGUGAAAGGAAUUCUUCCAGGGAAUUUUUUUGAUUAUACAGAAGAAGAUGAAGAUGAAGUUCCAACUCCUGCUCCAGCUCCAAAGGAGCCCAAUAGGACUUCGGGAAAUACCACCAACCCCAAUCCCGUGCAGGUGAAAGGUGUCCCAGAUGGCUUCUUCGAUAGCAGUAACACACAGCCCAGCGAAACCAGUGCAUCGUCUCAAGCGGCGAAUAAUCUGGAAACUGCUCAAGUAAAAGCUCUGCCCGAAGGAUUCUUCGAUAACAAAGAUGCGGAUCUCCGUGCACGUGGUAUUCAACCUCCAAAAGUUGACAUCAACGACGCAUACAAAGAAUUUGAAAAGGAAAUUCAGGAAGACCUCCAGGAAGUUGAUGACCGCCUCGAAGAAGAGGAGAUUGAUGCUGCUGCCGAGAGGGAAGAGUACUUGACCUUAGAGCAAGAGGAGUACAGGCAGCGAGUAGAUAUGCUGAAGAAACAGCUCACCGAGUCAAAAGCCGCACGGACUGCUAAAGCGAACAGCAAACCCGUCGGCAUGGACACGGAUUCCAGCGCCAGCGACUCAUCGAGCGACGACGAAGACGAUGGCACAGAUUUUGCUGUUGACUGGAGAGCGCAGCAUAUGAAAUGAUGUAGAUAGAGAUCGCUUCCUACCGUGACCGCGAACUCGGUUCUCCAGGACUUUGCAUAAAGAGGUCUUUCUCCGAUCCCGUCCUUCAUUUUGAAACGCACGAGCGACUUUUGAACUAACGCGACAAGACCUGUGAUGGUUACUCAUUAAUGUGAAUAGUCCCGAGUCUUAACUACUGACAAUUCCCUCCGCCUGAUUGUAGCGAAUUAUUAUUUUCCCAAGGAAAUGAGUAAAACAACCAAGAACUAUUUCA